AUGGCGCGAGCGAUUAAAGAUGUGCAAGAAAAUCUGGGUUCUGUGAAAUUUGUAGCCAAUAAAUAUGGUCUCCCGCGCACUACUUUAAGGAGACAUUUAAAAACAGGAUGUUCAAUCAAGAAACUUGGAAGAUUUACUACAGUAUUUACGUUGCAACAGGAAGAAGAGCUAUUGGAAUACGUGUUCCACUUGGAUAGCCUGUUUUUUGGUAUGACUAAAGAAGAUUUCCUACAGUUAGUGUUUCAAUGUGCAGAAGUAAAUAACAUUCCACAUCCUUUCAUGAAGGGAACAGCUGGGCACGAUUUUUAUAAAGGGUUCAUUAAGCGACACCCUGACUUGACUUUACGACAACCAGAACCCACAUCUAAAGCCAGGGCCCGAGGCUUCAACAAAACUCAAGUAUAUAGGUUCUUUGACCUCCUUGAGGCUGAAAUUGAGAAGCACCAAAUCGAUGCAACGCGUCUGUAUAAUAUGGAUGAGACUGGUAUCCAAACAUCUUCCAACAAACCUCCUAAAGUUUUAACAAAAGUGGGUAAAAGGCAAGUGGGUCACAUUGCUAGUACGGAGCGAGGAAGAACGACGACAGUCAUUUGUUGUUGUAAUGCUGCGGGAUCCUUCGUACCACCUUUGAUGAUUUUUGCAAGGAAAAGAAUGGCACCUAACCUUCUAGAUGGAGCACCGCCGGGUACCCAAGCAACUGUUAGUGAUAAUGGGUGGACCAACGGUGCAGUGUUCUUACAGUGGCUUCGUUUCUUUAUAGAUACAGUCCGUCCGACUGCAGAAAAAAAAGUUCUGCUCGUGAUGGACAAUCAUGAGUCGCAUAAAUAUUUACCUGCUCUAGAACUUGCGUCCAAGAAUCAUGUUAUCUUUGUAUCACUGGCACCACACACAACACAUCGGAUGCAGCCGCUAGAUCUUUGCGUAUAUGGACCGUUAAAAACAUAUUUUGAACGUAGUGUAGCAACAUUCCAAAAGACUCACGUCGGUCGAAUAAUCAAUCAGAAAGAUGUAGCCAAUUUGUUUGGGACUGCUUAUUUACGAGCGGCCACAACUCAAAACGCUGUCAGUGGUUUCGAAAAAACAGGACUGUGGCCUCCAAAUAGAUUUGUUUUUGAUGAUGUCGAUUUUUUACCGGCUACAACUAUGGAAAACCCACCACAGCAUCAACAUACAUUGCCAGAUAAUCAAGACCACUCCAGAACUCCGUCUCCUUCCAUCAUUGACCAAUUGAUAAUGGACAGAAAUUACUCUCAAGUGUUAUCUUCUUCAGUUAUUGAGCAAUUUAUGACCAAUGACCUAGCUCCAAAUACAUUUUUCGCUGAAAAUUUACAAGACUCACCCUCAGUGACUAAAAGACCAGAUAUAGUAAUUCUGGAUAACGUUUUACUCAAUGCGCCUAACGAAAUCACCCCUGAUAAUUUAAGCGAACCCACUCUGAAUAUAUGUAGAUAA